AUGAGUGAACAAUCGGAUUACAAAAACUUUACAAAUGGUCAGCCGAUGUUUAAUCCAGACUCGGAUUAUGUCAACAGUCGUCCAUUGGAAAUGACAAGUCCGGACUCCAACAACAUCUUUUCCUACCCGCACUCCCAGCAAACUUUCAGGUUUCCAUCGGAAAUGUCAAGUUUGAAUUCCAACACUUUUUCUUAUCCGCCCUCCCAGCAAGCUUUUGGUUACCAGUGUCAAGAUUAUUAUUGUCCUUCUGCUGCCGGUUUUUUCGACAAUGGCAAUACCUGUAUGGGUGGUGAAAAUGGACCAUUGGAUACCGCGAAUAACGGAAAUGCUGAGAACAAUGUAUAUCUAGUCAACGAUUACGCUGUUAAUUAUACUUCGCCCGAAAGGCCUGUGCAAACGCCGUUUCUUUUUACUUUCUCCAACAAUGCUGGCACGGUGCCAAACACCGGAUACGUAGUACUUGUCGUGCAAGUAGACAUGGACAAAAUAGUAUCUAUCCUUCAAUAA